AAAAAAACGAAAAAAGCGAAACGGAAGAGAUUCUUAUUUCUCCAGUACCAGUGUGGUGACUCGUUACUAUCCUUCAUCGCUCUUCAUAACUUCUCAGUCUCCGACUCGGUGGAAAUUAUUUAAGUUGUGAUAAACAUGGGAAAAGACUCUAAGCCAAAGGAGUCAGGAGGGAAGGGGAAGGGGAAGCAGGCUGCAAGUGGAAGUGAUGAGAAUGCUUCUAAGGGAAAAGGAAAAGGUGGGAAAGGUGGAGAUGGGCUCGGUACUUGCACUUACGUAAAAGCUAGGCAUAUUUUAUGUGAGAAACAAGGUAAGAUCAAUGAAGCCUACAAGAAGCUGCAAGAUGGUUGGCUCGGCAACGGAGAUAAGGUCCCGCCAGCUGAGUUUGCAAAGAUAGCUCAAGAGUAUUCUGAAUGUCCUUCGGGAAAGAAGGGUGGAGACCUUGGAUGGUUUCCCCGAGGAAAGAUGGCCGGGCCAUUUCAGGACGUUGCCUUCGGCACACCUGUUGGCGCAACUAGUGCUCCUUUCAAAUCAACGCAUGGCUACCAUAUUAUCUUAAGUGAAGGAAGAAAGAACUGAUCCCUGAUUAAGAACGAAGCUGAACAAGGACAUCAGAGUACUUAAUUUUCUGAUAUAAUUAUCUGCUUUCUCUCCUUUUGUGAUUGUGGUUGAGAAUAGAAACCGACAGUUUCUAGUAUGUGUAUUGAUUUUGCUUUCUAAUACUUUGAUAAUUCAGAGAAUAUAUGUGAAUGUGGAUGGCUUUACC